AUGGGAAUACUGUUUGGUAAACUUUGGGAACGAUUAUUUGGAGAUGAACAAGUGAAAAUUUGUAUUGUUGGAUUGGAUAAUGCUGGAAAGACAACAACGCUGUAUAAAUUACAUUUAGGAGAAGUCGUUGAAACUCAACCAACUAUCGGAAGCAACGUGGAAGAAGUCAAUUACAAAAACAUCAAAAUGCAAAUGUGGGAUCUCGGAGGUCAAGAGUCUCUCCGAGCUACUUGGCAAAUCUAUUUUUCAAAUUCACAAGGAAUCAUUUUAGUCGUGGAUAGUACCGAUCGACAACGAAUUUCCAUUGUGAAAGAAGAAUUAUUUAGGAUUUUAGAAUGUAUGGAGUUGAAAGGAGCUUCCAUUUUAGUAUUUGCCAAUAAGCAAGAUGUGAAAGGAGCCAUGUCUGCUACCGAAGUUUCCAAAGCACUGAAUUUACAAGCAAUUAAGAGUCAUGAUUGGCACAUACAGGCUUGUUCAGCAUUGACUGGCGAUGGUCUAAUGCCUGGCAUGGAUUGGUUGACCGAACGAAUUCAAAAUCGAAGUUCUGCAUCGAGCAAUAGUGGUCACUGA